AUUCAGGAAAGGAAAAUUUAAGGAAAAAUAAUACACAACUCAUGACAUCCAAAACAGCCGCCUGCCAACUCUCUUUCUAUGGUUUCCUCUAUCUCGGGUGUAAGGUUGCUAUUAAUACCCUCAUCCUUUUCUUUCUCGGUUUUCUCCUCCUAUUUCAUAUACUCCAUCCACAACUACUAUAUAUAUCAUCUCCAUAUCCACAACUUUUUACAUGACAGAAACACAAACCAAAAAUCCACCUCUUCAACAACUAGCUCUUUUUUUGUACUUCUGAAUUUAUUGUGAUUGUACCAAUAUUAUAGCUGUAAUAAUAUUGUUGCAAUUAUGACCUUUCUUCAGAAAAACACCCACUCCAAUUUCUAUCCCUUUCCAAACAACAGUACCAAUAUUAAUAAAACAGUAGACCAAAUUUCCACCAUAAAAUCAAUCCUGUUUUCCCCUGUUCCUCCUUUGCAUCAAUUUACAGAUACUAUGACGAAAAGGGAUCCCGGCGGGAUCGGUUUUAUUGACGAUGUCGGCGGGAGUGUUAAUGGGUUGAUGUCGUGUACGGAGAGUUUAGGAUUUGAGAGCUCCGAUGAGAGGCGGGUUGACGACGAGAUUGGGAUCCUGGAUCUGAAUUACGAGAAGGAGUUUUUGAGUAAUUGUAGUUCUGGGAAUUUGAGAUUGAAACGGGAGCAUGUGAAGAGGGAGGUGAAGAAUUUCCCACCGCCAUUGUCGUCGUUGGAUCAGAACGGUAAGCCGACUUUCUUUCUCCGGCCGGUGAGGAGGGAUGGUAAGUUGGAGCUUCAGGAGGUGAAGAUUAACCGGCCGGAAGUUUUGUGUGCUUCUAGGGAAGAUGGGAGGCUGAGAUUGCAUUUCGUUAGUAACGAGGAUGAACAAUUUGAUGAUCAAGAGGAGGAGGAAUUCGAGGAGGAAGAAGUAAUUGUGGGAGAAAGUGAUGAAGAAGAAGAAGAAGAAACAAUUGAGGAAGAUGGAUACAUUGAGGAUGAAGAGGCGGAAUUAGUAGAAGAAAGGGCUGAGGGAUGGCGGAUUCCGGUGAAUCAGCACGGUGAUGGCGGUAGCGACGGCGGUUUCCUACGGUGCCAUGAGAUGGUGAGCCACCAUCAGAUCCGCCGCCACCAACACCACCACCACCACGGUCACCACCAUCAUGACAUGCAUGUUUGGAGUAGGCAUUGUGUGACAAUCAGAUGAAUUUUGUAAAGAUGAGUCUAUUUUUCCAACAUGAUUGAUUCCUUAUAAGUUUAGUAGUACAAGAAUUUGACGUGGGAAUCAAAGGAAGGCAAUUAAUUAGUUCGAUUUGAGACAAGGUGAACAUUUAUUAUACUCGGCUGGAUUGUUGACAUCUGAAGCGCAGAAGAAUUUGGUGUGAAAAGUUCAACAUAUGAUUAUGGUCAAAUAGACCAUAUUUGUACCAUAGUUGUGAAUGGGAAAUUAGAUUUGUUUUUGAACGAGAUUCUUAUUGGAAUGUUAUUCAAUCUAAGCUUAGAUUCAACCAGC